AUGAAAGAAAUCAUAUGUCUGCAUGUUGGUCAAGCUGGUUGUCAAAUAGGUCAUGCUUGUUGGGAAUUAUUUUGUCUUGAACAUGGUAUUCAACCGGACGGAACAUUAGCGAUGAAUAAUUGUUCAAUAAAUCAAUCCGAUCAAUCUAUGUUAACAUUUUUCGAAGAUAUUGGAUAUAAAUAUACUCCGCGUAUGCUCUAUAUUGAUCUGGAAACAACAGUUCUUGAUGAAGUACGUACCGGUGCUUAUAGAGAAUUAUUUCAUCCCGAUAGAAUUAUAUCCGGUAAAGAAGAUGCGGCAUCAAAUUAUGCUCGCGGCUAUUUUACGAUUGGCAAAGAACUUAUCAGUCAUGUACUUGAUCAAGUACGUCGUAUUGCUAAUCGAUGCCAGUCACUGCAAGGAUUUGUUAUAUUUCAUAGUUUCGGCGGGGGUACAGGUUCUGGAUUUACAUCGCUUCUUAUGGAGAAUUUAAAAGUUGAUUAUACGAAAACAGCACAUCUUGAAUUUGCUGUUUUUCCAUCGCCGAAAUUAUCAACUAUUAUUACUGAACCAUAUAAUACUAUUUUAAAUACUCAUUGUGGUUUAGAAUUUGCUGAUUGUGUAUUUAUUGUUGACAAUGAAGCGUCGUGGGAUAUUUGUACAAAUUUACUUGACAUAAAAAAAGCUAAUUUUGUCAAUAUUAAUCGUCUCAUAUCUCAAGUUAUAUCCAAUAUAACAGCUGGUAGCCGUUUUCAAGAUGGAAAUGCAACUGAUUUGAUUGAAUUUCAUACAAAUCUUGUUCCAUUUCCACGUAUUCAUUUUCCUUUGGUUAGUUAUUCGCCUAUGCGAUCAAUUGAAAAAGCGUAUCACGAACAAAACGACACACAAACAUUGACACGAGAUUUAUUUCAUAAAAAUAAUCAAAUGGUCAAAGUUGAACCCUCAACUGGAAAAUAUAUGUCAAUUGCAGUUAUCUAUCGAGGUUCAAUUUCACCUGUAGAUGUCAAUAAUACAAUUAAAAAAUUAAAAAAUGAUAGGAUUAUUUCAUUUGUGGAUUGGUGA